GUUAUGCCGUUUCAUCCCCCGCCAUUGUUCUCUUUCGCGCGCAGAAUAGGCUGAAGAGCGCAGGAUCGACCGGCUCAGCAGACUAAGGGCUCCCGUGCACGUUUGCGGAUCCCCUGCUGCACUUGCAGAAACGGCACGACGCCGUGGAUAUGCAGUUGGCGUUAACAGACAAAUGGUGUCACAUUUGCUCACUUCCUGAUUGGGCAUGCGAAGAAGGCCAGGGCCACGAAGGGAUGUCAUCGUGCGCACGGUUUCCAUGGCCAUGCCCAUGCUGCCCGCAGCUCACUUUCGUCGUUGAGGUCUACACGCGCAACAUUCGCCCAUGUUCCCUCGCCAAUAAGUAUGAUGUAUAAAAAGCCCAUAACUUAAAGUCAGGGCAUGCGGUAUCCGACGACGCGGCCGAACGUCCACGAAGCUGGGAAGGGCGGGGGGCCAGAAGGCCUGUACUCACGGUUUUGCCGACGUGAAGUCUUGUCAACUGUCAGACAGGGUGCAGGGCAAGGCUUGGCGUGUGGGCCCCGAUGUCAGUUUACACCGUCACAAGGAAAUUGUAGGAAUGCUGGGUGCAAACACCAAGUGCGAUGUCAAUCAUAGCGGUUGGUCGUAACCUCAUCGCUUGCUCGGCAUCUUGCAACAACACUUCUAGAUAGCAUUGUGACAGGGUCUAAUUUAACACACAGGUAACAUCUUAGGUUUUGCUUGGACGAAUUGGGAACCAACAUGAGCCUGGGACCUCGAGUGGCCCUGGGCCUGCUCCUACUGGCCGUUGCGCACUCGGCGGCGAAUGCCGACCGCUUCAUUCUGAACUUGGCGCCGGGCGCGAAGCAGGCGUCGCUGGUCGCUGCCAUCAAGGCUGUGGGCGGCAGUGUAAGCUACUUCCACGCCGGGGCCGGCAUCGCCGUCGUGACCGUACCUGCAGGCACCACACUGCCACCCGGCAGGCUGACGUCGGCGGGCGUGGGCGCAGUGGUCCCCGACUCCCGCAUCAGGCUGCCGUCGCCCCGCGCCUCGUCGUUCCGCGGGGCUACUGCUGCUACUGCUGCUGGGGACCCGGCAUCCACGUCAGCUUCUGAGGCGACGCCGCCUUCGUUCCCUGAGCCCAAGCUCAAGGCCACCAACCUCCAGUUCCUGUCCGGUCCCAUCACCUCCAACCCCACCGAUGACCUCUGGGACCAGCAGUGGGCUCCUCGUGCCAUCAAGGCCCAGAGCGCCUGGGCGGCUGGCGUCACCGGCAAGUGUGUUCGCGUGGCGGUGCUGGACACCGGCAUGUGGUGGGACCACCCCGACCUGGCGGGCCGCGUGGACGUUGACUACGCCAGGUCGUUUGUUGACGGGAUUCCUCCAUACGCCGACAGCCAGAACUACUUCUGGCAUGCUUCCCACGUCGCUGGCAUCGUGGCUGGCUCGGCGAACAAUGGUGGCAUUGUCGGCAUUGCGCCUGAGGCCACCAUCAUCCCGAUCAAAGUUUUGGACAACAAUGCCGGAGACAACUCGUUUCUUAUCCAGGGCCUCCUGUACGCGGCUUCCCCUCUUGGGCCUGAUGGUGCCGGCGCUGACAUCAUCAACUUGUCUCUUGGAGGUUUCGGCAAUCCAAAUGACAAGAACGACACCUGGGCUUUGUACAACAAGGUCCUCAAUUACGUGGCGUCGCAAGGCGUGCUGGUUGUGGCGGCCGCUGGCAACGACGCUCUCAACCUGGGCCGCACCCGCAACACCUUUGUCAGUCCCUGCGAAAACGGCGGCAACACCGUCUGCGUCUCCUCCACCGGCCCCCUGGACGUUUGCAAGACAUGCCAGGAUGACUGGAUCAACACCUGCCUCGAGAGCCCCUCAACUUGGGACCUGAAACAGCAGCUUGCCCUUUACUCCAACUAUGGGCCAUCGGCCAUCUCGGUGGCUGGCCCCGGCGGCGACUACCGCAGCGCCUUUGAGUGGUACGCCAAGUGGUACGACCCGGCCACCGACAGCUUCCUGCCCGGCACGCCGCCUACCUGCUGGUUUGUCGACCAGGUCCUCAGCGUGGGCGCGCCCAACCGCCCCGACCUCCCCGCCUUCAUCCAAUACACCGGCACCUCUCAGGCCGCCCCCGCUGUGUCCGGUGUGGCGGCGCUGAUGAUCCAUGACGCGGCCGUGCGACAAGGCGUGGACCUGUGCGCCGCCUCCCGCGCUGGCCUCAAGGGCCGCGCGCGCGGCCCCCUGAACGUGGCCCAGAUCAAGACGGCCCUGGCGCGGGGCGCGGUGUACCCGGGUGGUGCGGUGGACCGCGAGGCCUACGGCGCUGGCUUGGUGGACGUGUCCCGCACCCUGGGAUACCCGCAGCCCGCCUGGGCCGCCCCUUGAGAGCGCAGUGCCUCAGUGAUGACCCGCCUGCUCUGCCUGCCUGCCGCCGGCGCCUUGAGUGUUCUCCUUUUACAAGGGCGUGCCUUGGCACUUAAGUUUUGAACGUUUUCCGGGCAGGUGACAAGUGACUGCUGUGUAUGCCAGCAAUGUGAAGUGCGUCAAGCUGCUGUGCUCAUCCCGCCAUCCGAGUUUGCGUGCAUGGAGAAUGAGCAGCGAGGAGUGGGAAGGAGAGUAGGAUCGAAGAGAGGCGAAGCAGUGAGAGAAGGCAUCGCGGUUGUUGCGUGAUUAAUAGCGUGGCGUGUGCUUAAUGACUUUGCAGGUUGCAUGGUUGCAGGAUGAGUGAACCCGGCUGCGGGCACAUACCGGUACAGGCCCUACCAGUACACCUGCCACUCCGAGACCAGGAGACGAGGAAACGGCGGCCGCGGUUUCUGCUGUACAUGCUGUACAUACCCUUACGAUAUCUCAGCCCAUAGCUGAAGCACAUAAUACCCGAGGCGGGGCCCUUGCUGUAAGUCUCAAGUAUC